AGAGAAGUAAAGAUAAUUAAACGUAAAUUAAAUGGAUACGUUGGCUUUGCUAAUUUACCAAAACAAUGGCAUAGAAAAUCAGUUAGAAGAGGAUUUCAAUUAAAUUUAAUGACCGUUGGUGAAAGUGGAUUAGGUAAAACCACCUUGGUUAAUACGUUAUUUAAUCGGGAAGUUUUACCAGUCAAUCAAACUGAAGAUGAUUUAGAAUUAGAAUCAAAUAAUGAAAUAACAACUGGAGUUAAAAUUAGAUCAACCAAUUCGAUUAUAGAAGAAGAUGGGGUUAAAUUAAAUUUAAAUGUUAUUACCACUCCAGGAUUUGGUGAAUCAAUUAAUAAUAGUGAUCUGUGGAAACCAAUUGUUGAUGAAAUUAAUCAAAGAUUUGAUAAUUAUUUAGAAAGCGAAUCAAAAAUAAAUAGAAAUAAUAUUAUUGAUCAUAGAGUUCAUGCUUUAUUAUAUUUCAUUGAACCAACUGGUCAUUCUUUAAGAUCUUUGGAUAUUACUUUAAUGAAACAAAUCCAUGAAAAAGUUAAUUUAAUACCAAUUAUUGCUAAAUCAGAUACUUUAACUGAUGAAGAAAUUCUUGAAUUCAAACAAAGAAUUUUGGACGAUAUUAAAUUUCAAAAUAUUAAAAUUUUCAAACCAAAUAAUUAUGAUAUUGAUGAUGAAGAAACCAUUCUUCAUACCAAACAAAUUUUAGAUAAAUAUCCUUUUGCAGUGGUUGGUUCUACUAAAGAAGUUGAAACUAAUGAUGGUAGAGUUGUUAGAGGUAGAGUUUAUCCUUGGGGUAUUAUUGAAGUUGAUAAUGAAGAACAUAAUGAUUUCAUAAAAUUGCGUCAAUUAUUAAUUAGAAAUUAUUUAGAAGAAUUGAAAGAAUCAACUAAUAAUAAAUUAUAUGAACAAUAUAGAUCAGAAAAAUUGACUAGAAUGGGGAUUGAACAAGAUCAUCUGGUUUUCAGAGAAUUUGAUCCCCUUUUAAAACAAGAAGAAGAAAAAGCUUUACAUGAAGCAAAAUUAGCUAAAAUGGAAACUGAAAUGAAGACAGUUUUCCAACAAAAAGUUAGUGAAAAGGAGAAAAAAUUACAAAGAUCGGAAGCUGAUUUAUUUUCAAGACAUAAAGAAAUGAAGGAUAAAUUAAUUAAACAAAUUAAGUUAUUAGAAGAUAAAAAAAUUCAAUUAGAAAAACAAAAAUCAUUACCUCAAGAUCCACCAGCUCCUGCCCCUCAAAAAACUAGAAAAGGUUUCUUACGUUAA